UUAUUCAAGCUUGUAGUACGCGUUUCUAUCACAUUCAUUUCGGCUUCCUCGAUUACAUCGAGAAGUCAUGUUAUGCUGUUAUCAAAGAAGCGAACAUUAGCAAGAAACAUCAAGGAUCGGUGUGCCAAUAUUUGGGCUGCCGGAAUAACACGGUGAAAAGCAGCACAAGACAGUAUUAGAGGUUAUAAUCCGUGCAGUAAAUUGUUGAUGAGAAACAGGAGCUAUGGAGGGUGAAUCAAGACGUAAGGGUCCCAGAAGUCCUAGUGCAGAUUCUGAGGACUCGUCACAUAGAAGAAGAUCUCGUAAAUACGACAGAUCACCAUCCCCUAGAAGAUCGAGAUAUCGAAGAUCACGGUCCAGAGAUAGAAGAUCUAGAUCAAGCUCGAGAGACAGGAGAAGAAAAGAAUCGAGAAGCAGUCAACAAUGGAAGGACCAAGCAUCAGCAUCUCAGUCUCAAAGUUCAGCAGCUAAUGCUCCUGCACCUACUGGUUACGUACCUGCUGUUCAUAAUCAGUAUCAGGCUCCACCACCACCCAAUACAAGUCAACCUCCACCUCCAAUUGCAGCAUAUAACCAGGGCUACAACAACUACAGCUAUAAUUAUACUCAGGGAUAUGAUUACAGCUAUCAGCAACCUACUGGUUAUCGGAGUGAUUAUCCACCACCGAAUUGGCAAGGGAAUCAAGUACCCUAUAACAGCCAACAACCUCCACCACCUCCAACCUUGACAUCGCAACAGGAAACAUCUAGACCAGUGGAAUCUAGUACUCAAGGAUUGACAGCAUCAAUAACGAGGCCAGAAGAUGCCAAGAAAGAAGCAAUCGCAGCGGAAGUCAAGCAGCAGAAAGCGACUCUGGCUAAGCAGCGCGAAGAGUACAUCAGGAAGUCGACGACGCUCCAGCGGGAGUUGGAAAUACUACGGCAGCAGUGUAACGAGAUUGAGAAAGAAGGUGGACGGGAAAAUACACGUAUUGUCAAGGAGAAUCAAAAACUGCAGAUCGAGAUACAAAAUAAAAUGAAGUCAAUACACAACGUGAUCGAUAUGCUAACUGGCAUUAUAGGAGACAAAGCGACGGUCGAUGAGCUCAAGAGCAAAUUUAAAUUAGAAACAACCACCAAGCGUUCGAGAAGUCCUAAGGAAGAUUUUCCAACAGGAAAGUCUGAAUCUCCCGACAGAUCAUCGGGUUCCGAUUCCGACAAAGACUCAAAGGCCGAUAGAGAACGGGAGAAAAAGUCUCCGGAGGACGCAAAACCCAUGUACAAUUUCGUACACUAUGAUCCGGAAAUGCACUGGUGUAAGGUCUGCGACAUCUUUCCUAAAACGGCUAAGGAAUACUUGAAUCAUCUCCACAGCAACGAGCACAAAGAGGCUUGCUCGGAUCGCAAGAUCGUUGAUAUGCCUUGGCACGAGCGGAAUGGCGAGGGUGCUGAAAAGGAAGUGCCCUAUUACCCAGGACUGCCAAUGAAAAGAACACCCAUUAAAGGUUUGCAAUUCUUCAGCGCUGCUACGGCCUGGUACUGCAAGCUGUGCGACUCGUGGAUCGGUGAUCUUCACUGUGCCAGCCUACACCUGAAGUCAAAACGGCAUUCUGAGAAUUUUUCUCGAUUUGUGGAACAAAAUCCUCACUGGGAAACGGACUGGAUGGCUGACAGGGAGAAAGCCUUUUCCGAGGAGAAGAACAAGCAGAUGCAGAUGGAGCUGCAAAAGCAAAAGGACGAUGAACCUCCGCCAAAGUCGAAGAAGUCGAAGAAGAAUAAGAAGAAGUCGAAGAAGAAUAAAAAGCGCAGGAACAGAAGCAGUGCCAGCGACACCAGCAGCGACUCUGACAAUUCCGAUACGGAUUCUGAUCAGGAUAUGUCAAGAAGCAUUCGCGUGGCUAUGAGGAACAAGAUGAAAGCAUCUACUCAAGCGAUACUGAACGAGGAGAUAGAUUAUCACGGAAUAAAGUUGAAAGGUCAUUGGGCCCAGGUCGCUCAGCAGAUAAAGCAGACACCGCCAGAGGUGCAACGGGAACAGGAUGAUAGACAACUGUUGAACUCGAUCAGGGACAAGCUAAAGGCCAAACAAGAGGAGGAAAUGAAGUCAAUGGGAACACGUCGGCAGAGUCAAGAGAAACCAGUACCGGAGGAAGAGGAGGAAGAAGAAGAGGAACCGUGCCAUAAUUCCUUUUCGAAGAAACCAGAAGGUCUGGAAGCUUGGGGACCCAAGGAACCUCCCAAGCCGUUCUGGAUAAAGAAGGAGGAAGAGAAACCACAGCCUCCACCGGCUAGUAAACCCAUUGAAUUACCGAAGCCUGAAGAAAUGCCUAAGCCCCAUAUGGGAUUUUGGACCAAGCAACAGGUAAAUAUGAGCGUAAAACCUCCUGAGAACAAAGCAGCUGACAAGGAAGAGGAGAGGGAUACGAGGGAGAGAUACAAGGAGGAACGCGAGCGUAAGUACGACCGUCGCGAGGAUAAAUAUGAACGGUACGAAAGAUACGACAGACGACGUGGGCGUGAUCGUGACCGCGACCGUGACCGUGACCGUGAUAGGGAUAGGGAAUAUUACGAUGAUCGUAGAAAACGGGAUCCCAACGAAUCGCCACGUCGUGAGAGGAAUUGGAGGGACAGUCCAAAAAGGAAUUACGAAAGGUAUCCUAAGGAUAGGAGGGACGAAAAUAAUUCAUCUAAUGACGAAUCAAAAUUUGAGAAAAAGGCAAACGAAUCGGCCUCGAAAUUAAAGAAAUCUGGAACCCAAUCGAAGAAGCCUCCGCCUCAAGUAUCCAAAGGAAAGCUACCGUUCAUUGGCAGAUUGCCGCUGUUUAAGAAGAAGUCCGAUGAUCCUAAGCUACCGGAAAAGGAUAUUGCGCCGUUGCCAUAUCAACAAAGUAAAUUCGAGGACACCCCGAAAGUGCCUAAUGAAAUAAUUAAUCCACCUGGCGUAGUGCACAUCACCAAACUAGCAACACCAGUGAAUUUAAACAACGGAGGCCAGGGUCUCGUUAUAAAAGCUCAACCAAUGAAAAUCCUAGUGGCUCCGCCGCCUCCAAUACUAAAUGAAACAAAGCCACCGCAACCUGUGCCACAGGUUGUGGAUAUGGAGAUAGAUGAUCAUUUAGAGGAUGUGAUCAUAGAGGAGCCAAUAAUAGAACAACAGAAACAACAGUCUCCAACAGUAGCCAAACUACCUGUACCAACACAUCCUCUACCGCCACUUAAUCGUCCACCACCUUUUCUACAAACUCAGCAGCAACCUCCACCAGCGACUACGCCCAAGCCACAAUUUACUCCAACUCGACCACCUCCGUUCAUCACAAAUCCUCCGCCAACAUUCGUACAGACUCCACCACGUUUUCCUACUCAUCAACCAGCAGGACUUCCUGCGCAAGGACUCACUGGCUUUGAUCCAACUCAGCCACCGCCAGUUCAUCCAGUAGCUGCAGCCUUUGUACCGGCAAUGACGAAUCCGCCACCUCCAUUGCCUUCAGUCGAGUCAACAGUACCGGAUAUAUCCGAGAUACCUGAACCCGUGGAGAAGCGGCCUGAUCCUAGCAUACCACUUCCUGACGACCUACAGGAAGCACUGAAUAUCAUUUUCCCUAAAGAAGAGGCUGAAGUGAAACAAUCACUACAACCUGAUAGCGGUAUAAUGUAUGCUUCAAUGUAUAGUAUGUUAGGCUGCGUAGGAUAUGGACCAGAGUAUAUGGAUCAGCCACCGCCUGAGAUAACGCAGAACGAUGCGGAACCGGAUGCCCAACCUGGACCAGAUGAUUUGAGGAUGCUGGGUAUUGACGAGGGUGACACUAUUUUGUAAAGACACUGUAAUUAUUCAAUGCGAUGUGCUUUUCAUAUCGCGUGAUGGGCCCUUACAGGUCUAUAAUAUUCCAAUGUCUGGCUCGCGCUCCUUUUAAAAAAUUGCAUUGUAUGAUCUUUCACUUAAGAACAUCAUUUCCUGUAAGUUUUACGGGAAUCAAGGAAUUUUGAUGACUCGUGGAAAUUUCAUUAAUGACAUCGUCUUUCCUCGUACUUGGGAUAAGAGUUACGUCACGUAUAAUAAAUUCAUUAUUUUGUCAGAACAUUGUUCAGUACAGGAUCAAUUUUUAUUGUGUGAACACUUUAGAGGUACUGUAGAAAAAGAGUUUAUUUAAAAUUCAGGAUCGAUAACCUGUAAGCUUUGAAUUGGGUGGUACGUUUUUUCUCAUUUUAAAUAGGUCAAUGAAUUAUCGCCGGGCGAAAUAAAUGUUGACAUACGUGCUUCGUCAAUUUUUUGUGUUUACAUUUAUCACAAAUUUACUUCCAUUAUGAGAUUCACGUAAUCAGCAUUUAAGUCUUGGAAAUCCACUCGAAAAGUCAGCCCGCAUUUUACGUGUUACUUUACACGGGAGUACUAUGUUUAUAACACUACCAUUUAUCCGUAAUUCUUUUUCUUUCCUCUUUUUUAACUCACUACUUUAGUACAGCAAUUUAACUUAGUUCUUGUUACCUAGAAUUAGCACAUUUGUAUCGACUUAAUUUUCCUAAUGCUCGAUGUCGUUGAUUAAUAAUGAGGUCCACUCGAUUGGAUAUUCCGUGAGCGAAUAAAUAUUAAUUAUAAUGAACUUUACUGCUUCAGUUUUUAUUGUUAAGUUGUAAUAUCCGUUAAGGAUAGGACACAGACAUAAAAAUGAUAAAUAAAAUAUUAUACAUAGACACUUCAAA